AUGUUGACACGAUUCGCCUCCAUAGCCACAGAAACCGUUAACGAUAUCUGCGCUGUGCAUGGAAAGAAGGGUGGAUCGAGCCGCUCAGUAAUGGUUGCGCACUUCGGAAGCGAUGACUCCGAGCUUGAUGACCAGAGUCCUUCUGAACAGCUGAAGAAGUCGACUAUAGGCGACUGCAAGAGUUCGUCCUUAAUGAGCCGUUCUAACUCCGUUCCGCGACAUCGUCGUUGGAUGGAAGAGAUCUAA